UUUAAAUAGAGACAACUCAAUUCUUCGACAAAUGAGGCAGAAGCAGAAGAUGGCUAGUGCAAAUACCAGGAAAAGAGCGAUGAAUGGAGCAAAGCCUGAUGGAAAGCCAAGACCUGAGAAAGCUCCAAACUCUAGUUUAGAAGCUAAGAAUUCAAAUAUCUAUCACAAUGUAUCUGGGAGUUUUGUGCAGGGUAGUUCUCACAACCCAGAAUUAGGCGGCUCUUUUGGAGUCAUUCUGAAUAAAUCAAAAGAAGUAGAGGUCCGCAAAGGGGGUUCAUUAUUUUCAAUUUCUUACCAAAGAGAUGACCGCUUCAAAAGAUACACAGAAGUUUUUGAUAAACUCCACACAGAUCUUAAGGAAGAAAUAGAUAAGAAGAAGGAAGAAGAGAUUAAGAUCAACGAGGAUUCUCGCAAUAUCAAAAAGGAAGGAAUCUAUAUUGACAAGGAUGAAGUACUGAUUGAUAUAAAGAAAAUUUAUGAGUUUCCAGAGCCUCCCAAACCACCCACUCCUAAGGGGUUCUUUAACAGAAAAGUUGGGUUUGGUUCAAAUGACCUUGGAAAAGGAGGGAUGCUAAAUGAUGACUAUAAAACAUCCUUUUUGACCGGAGAUAGUAAUUUCACUGAUAUUAGUAAUUUAAAGACCUCCAAUACCUAUUUGUAUAAUGAUUUGAAUAAAUUGGGAGAGAUGAAACAGCCUCCUGAUAUGGACCCAGAAAUGCUCAGAUUAUUGAAAGAGAACCAGAUUAAAGUGGGAGUUGAUACUGAAGAAAAGGAAGAGCCAGGAAUUUAUACUGUUCCUUCAUUUCCAAAUCAGCUUAUACAUCCAGAGAGUGAUAUUCAGAGAAGGAUGAAAGAAAUAAAAGAAGAAAGCGAAGCAAGAGUUUGUAUUGAAGAUAUUGAUAGAAUUAAAGAAGAGAUUCAAAAUCCUUCUAAUGGCAUCCCAUGUACUGAUACUCUUGCUGAGAUUGCAGAGCUAGAUCUGCUUUCUCUAAAUAAGCUGUUUGAAAUUCCAGAGUAUUUAAUUGUAAGAAAAGCUCCGAGAGAACAGAAUUUACUUGCUCAUUUUGCGAAUCCUGCUUCACCAAAGCAAACUAGUUUAGUGAAAAAUAAGUCUUUUCUUUCUUCUAUAAAAGAUAAAAACAUGCAAAGCUCAGAUAAAUCUCAAGUGGAAGUGAAAGAAGAAGGAAAAGAUGCUAAUGUAAAGGAAGAAGUUUCUGAGACAGAAGCACCUCAGAAAGAAUCUGAGCCUCCUCAGACCAAUGAUGAAAAAAUUAAGAAACUUCAAGAAGACACCCAAAAAAUGCAGAAGGCUGAAGCCGAAGACAUCGAUGAUAAGCCUUCUAAAGAGGUAUCUGAAGAGUGAUAA